UGUUUGUGUGUGUGUGUGUGUGUGCGUGCGCGCAGCCCAAAGCUACUGGAAAGUUGCCGCGGCUCCCGGAUCCGGUGCUCGCUCGCCGCCCUGCCCUUCGUCGCCUCCCUCCUCCAUGGCAACGGGGUCCUCUUUUCCCCCGGGGGCCUCCGGGCUCUGUUGACGGCCCCGCCACCCCGCGGCCGCCAGAUCCGCUCCGCCGGCUCCGCCGCGCUCGCCGGGCGGCCGGAACGGGCGGGAGGAACGCCGACUCCCGGCUCGGGGAGUCCGGUCUGAGUCAUCCGCCUCGUCUUGCUUCAUCUGGCGGUCCUGCCUCGGCCUCCCUCACGCCCUGCUUCUCCUCCUCCUCCUCCUCCUCCUCCGCGGCGAUCGGAGCCCCGGCCCCGGACUCCGGGGUGAGGUUGACCUCCGACCCGGGAACUUCACCCCGCGCCAGCGGCUGCAGGGUCCAAGGGCAUCCACGUCCGCAGUCGGCACCCAGACGGGCUCGUGGGAAGGACACAGACGCGGCCAUCUGCCGCUGAAGCAAGCAGCACUCAGUAUGCUGGCCCUCCUGAACAAAUGGUUUUGGAAGGAUGAAUACUGGUUCCCCCCAGGAUACUCUUGGGCAGACAUGAAGGAGACGGAUGAGAUCAAGUACCCUCAGCCCCAGGACCUCCUGAUGGCCCUCCCUGUGGCCAUGGUCAUGGUGGCUGUCCGAUACACCUUUGAAAGGUUUGUCGGGCUGCCCCUGAGCAGACUGCUGGGGGUGAGGAACCAAGUGAGAUUAAAAGCCCCUCCCAACCCUGUGCUGGAAGCUUUCUUCCUGCUCCAGAGCAAGACUCCCAAGGAGGACCAGCUGCUCAGCCUCAGCAGGCAGUGUGACCUGUCGGUCCGGCAGGUGGAGCGGUGGUUCCGAUGCAGACGGAACCAGGACCGGCCCUGCAUGACCAAGAAAUUCUGUGAGGCCAGCUGGAGAUUUGCUUUCUACCUCUGUUCUUUUUUUGGCGGGCUGGCUGUCCUGCAUGAUAAACCCUGGUUUGUGGAGCCCAAGCUAUGCUGGGACAACUAUCCCUACCAGCCUCUGAUGCCUUCCCUGUACUGGUGGUACAUCCUGGAACUGGGUUUUUACGUCUCGCUGCUGCUCACUCUCCCCUUAGAUGUGAAGAGGAAGGAUUUCAAAGAGCAGAUAAUUCAUCACUUUGUCACCAUCACCCUGAUGACGUUCUCCUACUGUGCCAAUUUCCUGCGCAUCGGGACACUGGUGUUGCUGCUCCAUGACGUGUCGGAUUACCUCCUGGAGGCCUGCAAGAUGUUUAAUUACACUCAGUGGAGGAAGGUCUGCGAUAUUCUCUUCAUCAUUUUCGCCCUGGUAUUCAUUGUGAGCCGACUGGUCCUGUACCCAACCAAGGUUCUCUACACCACGUACUACGAAUCAAUGGUCACCUUCAAGCCAUUCCUCGGAUACUACUUCUUCAACGGCCUCCUCAUGGUCCUGCAGGUGCUGCACAUCUUCUGGUCCUACCUCAUCCUGCGCAUGGUCUACAAGUUCACCAUUGCCGGCCAGAUGGAGAAGGACGAAAGGAGUGAUGUGGAAGAGGUGCUGACAGAUGAUGAGCGGGAACACCUCCCCAAUGGGGCCGACCACCUCAGCAGCACCUCCAACAACAACUACGCCCCAAAGAGCAGGGCGGAAGGGCCGCGCCACCUUGCCAACGGACACCUCAAAGCCACAUAGCCCCUGCUCGGCUCAGAGGGGACCCGGCCAGCAGCGGGGGUCUUGGACGUCUGGAGAGCCCCAUGGACCCGGAGAUUCCCCUCAGUUCCCCGAGGAAUCCGUUUGUGUCAGCUUGCUACCCCCUACGACCACCUCUGCCUUCCAGGCGGGUGAGACUGGGGUGCUGGCCCUUUGAUGGCUUCCUCAUCUAUCCCUCACACCCCUUCCGAGGGCUGAGGGGAGGAGGAGCCGGAGCCGGAGGAGGGAUCAAAUGAUCUUAGAGGACUGUAGGUUUUUCCUUAAUUGCCUUUUCUCUCAAGCAACUCUCCUAGGCAGAAACCAAGAUUGUUAUUCUAAUCUG